AUGGCGUCUCGAUCUGCACUAAUUCUACAACUGGCUCUGAAGGAGCAAGUCUGUACAAAAAGUAUACAGGAUAGGGAGGUUUUGAGGUAUUCUGAAGUAGAAGUGCUUCCAUCUGUACCAAUCGACGCUGUUUUUGAAUCACGUAGUGGAGGAAAUAAUACCGAAUUUGAAAUUAUACAGAAUGAGCUGAAUUUGAGGACUGCUGCAAUCGCCGUACCCCCAACUACCGAAACUGAUGUUAUUCAGGACCGUUGCUGUGGACUAAAUACGGAAGAAGCUAUUUUCACAGAUUCCCAGUUGGACGUACCAGUAAUAGAAAAUAUAAUGAACUGUAGUCCUUCACCAACCACCAUGAGUACCGACAAUGACCCUGAACCAUUUGUUCCAUCUGACAGCUCUUAUACUCCUUCCAAUCAAGCUAGUGAAUCUGAUAGCGAACCAGACGAGGUAACAUAUCAACCCUCUAAAAAGCAACGAAAAAGAAAAGCCGACCCUCAACUCUGGAAAAGGUCUGUUGUGAAGACUUUGAGAUUAAGUGGCGAAAAAUAUGUAAAUCGAGCUGCCAAAAAAGACCAAUGUACUGUAUGCAAUGUUUUCAAGGCAUCGCAAAACAAAGAACCUUCACGUGUCAACUUCGAAAACCAUAAACGUCGAGAGAAGGAGUCACUAGAAAUGAAAGAGAAUGAUAAAAAACGUGCAGUUGAAAACAAGGGAAGAGAGUUCAGAGCAAUCUCUUUUGAUUUGCAAGCCAUUUUGCCCAUUCCCUUUGCAGGUGAUAGUCAAGUAUAUUAUAAAUCUCACCUCAAUGUAUACAACUUCACAAUCUAUGAUUGCUCGAACAAGGAUGGUAUUUGUUACGUAUGGAAUGAAACACACGGCAGCAAGGGGAGCUCGGAAAUUGGAACUUGUCUUUAUAAGUAUUUGCAAAGUUUACCUCAAACUGUUGAACACGUAGCUACAUUUUCAGACACCUGUGGUGGUCAAAACCGCAAUAAGUUCGUUAGCGCUGCAAUGCUAUACUCAGUUAAUAAGCUGACUAAUUUGAAAACCAUCGAUCUAAAGUUCAUGGAGUCCGGACAUUCCUAUUUAGAGGCCGACUCCAUGCAUGCCACUAUAGAAAGAGCAAGGAGACAUAAAAAAAUUUAUACUACACGUGAAUGGUGUUUACUAAUAUCUGCUAGUAGACUCAGGCCACGACCAUACCACGUAAAUAACAUGCAAUAUUGUGACUUUCUCGACCUACAACAACUUGUAGAAUGCAUUGUUAAUAAUACCUGGUUGAACAAUAAUGGCGAAAAGGUAUCUUGGAUCCGUAUUAAAUGGUUAGGUUUUGAAAAGCGCAGCCCAAAUAUAAUCCAGUAUAAAUAUGACCUAUCAGCGGACUUUUUUUAUGAAAUAGACGUGUCUGCGAAUAAACGAAGAUCAGGCCGCAAACGGUCAUGGGAUUCAGUGCAAUUAAAAAGAAAAUAUGCUACCCGUCUUCCUAUUUCAGAGAAAAAAAAGUCUGAUCUCUUGUAUCUCCUUAAUCACGAAACCAUCCCAUUGGAUUACGCAGACUUUAUUAACAACUUGCCUUCAACUUCGGAUCUUUCAAAGCUUAUGCUAUGUUACAUUCCCAGUCUGAAGAUGAUCAAUAAACUUCAUACAUUCACCGAGAAAUUGGAAAUUGUUGACUGA